AUGCCUGAGUAUGAGCUGCUCUACUGGCCUGUGAGUGGCUUGGCAGAACCGAUCAGGCUUUGCUUCCUGGUGGCUGGGAUCCCAUUCAAAGACACAACGCCCAUGACGGAUCCGCAAUUCAACGACAGGAAGAUGGAGCUUCACCCUUAUGCGCCGCAUGCGGCAGGCUUGCCCCUUCUGGUGACAGAUGGGAAGGUUUGCUGCCAAAGCCGGGCCAUCCUGCGCUACGUGGGACGUAUUGCUCAGUACGAGGGAGCGUUCCUCUACCCCACGGAGCCUUUGGAGCAGCUGGAGUGCGAUGAGCUGAUCGACCUCAGCGAGGACCUCCGCAGGCCCAUGAGUGCGACUGUCACCACCCAGUACAAAGACCAAGCAGAGAAGGAAGCAGCUCGGCUCGCUUUGAUGGCCCCAGAUGGAGAGUGCACGAAGUUCCUGAAAGUGCUCGACAAGAAAUUCGGCGAAAGCUUCCCCACCAAGCUGACGAUCGGAAACAUUUAUGCCUGGUCAAUUGUGACCAUGUUCCGCCAGCCAACCUUCAUCCCAGAAAUACCAGCAGGUGCGCUGGCACCAUACGAGAAUCUCAGCAAGCUCCACCAGUGGAUGUCAACUCUUCCCGCCAUCAAGGCUUAUUAUGAGUCUGCGCAGGGUCGUGACAACUACAAGCCCAUCUGA